AUGGCUGGGAUGUCAGGGGGUAAUCUGCCUGGGAUGGCAGGGUGUAAUAUGGUUUGGAUAUCAGGGGGUAAUCUGCCUGGGAUGGCAGGGUGUAAUAUGGCUGGGAUAUCAGGGGGUAAUCUGCCUGGGAUGGCAGGGUGUAAUAUGGUUUGGAUGUCAGGGGGUAAUCUGCCUGGGAUGGCAGGGUGUAAUAUGGUUUGGAUAUCAGGGGGUAAUCUGCUUCGGAUGGCAGGGUGUAAUAUGGCUGGGAUGUCAGGGGGUAAUCUGCCUGGGAUGGCAGGGUGUAAUAUGGUUUGGAUAUCAGGGGGUAAUCUGCCUGGGAUGGCAGGGUAUAAUAUGGCUGGGAUAUCAGGGGGUAAUCUGCCUGGGAUGGCAGGGUGUAAUAUGGUUUGGAUGUCGGGGGGUAAUCUGCCUGGGAUGGCAGGGUGUAAUAUGGUUUGGAUAUCAGGGGGUAAUCUGCUUUGGAUGGCAGGGUGUAAUAUGGCUGGGAUGUCAGGGGUAAUCUGCCUGGGAUGGCAGGGUGUAAUAUGGUUUGGAUAUCAGGGGUAA